CGGCGCGGGGGAGGGGAGACCGGAUGUGAGUGGAGCGGCCAUUUCCUGUUUCUCCGCAGUUUUCCCCCAGCUUUGGGUGGUGGCCGCUGCUGGGCUCCGGCUUCCCGUCGGCGGAGGGCGAGGCGGCGUGGACAGCGGCCCCGGCACCCCGCGCCCUGCCGCCCGCAGUCGCGCGCCUGCCCGUCCGCUGCGCCCCGAGUCCGCCGCUUCUCGCGUCAGCGUCCGGCCGCCGCCGCGGCCCAGCGAGCGGCCCAGAUGCAGGCCAUCAAGUGUGUGGUGGUGGGAGACGGAGCUGUUGGUAAAACUUGCCUACUGAUCAGUUACACAACCAAUGCAUUUCCUGGAGAAUACAUCCCCACUGUCUUUGACAACUACUCUGCGAAUGUUAUGGUAGAUGGAAAACCGGUGAACUUGGGCUUAUGGGAUACAGCUGGACAAGAAGAUUAUGACCGAUUACGUCCCUUAUCCUAUCCGCAAACAGUUGCAGAAACGUAUGGUAAGGAUAUAACGUCCAGGGGCAAAGACAAGCCGAUUGCCGAUGUAUUCUUAAUUUGCUUUUCUCUUGUGAGUCCUGCAUCAUUUGAAAAUGUUCGAGCAAAGUGGUACCCCGAAGUGCGACACCACUGUCCCAACACCCCCAUCAUCUUGGUGGGGACUAAACUUGAUCUCAGGGACGACAAAGACACGAUCGAGAAGCUGAAGGAAAAGAAGCUGACUCCCAUCACCUACCCGCAGGGUCUGGCCAUGGCUAAGGAGAUCGGUGCGGUAAAAUACCUGGAGUGCUCAGCGCUCACGCAGCGAGGCCUCAAGACAGUGUUUGACGAAGCGAUCCGAGCGGUUCUCUGCCCCCCUCCCGUCAAGAAGAGGAAGAGAAAAUGCCUGCUGUUGUAAAUGUCCGCCCGCUCCCCCCACCCCCGCCCUGUCCCCCUCGGAACCUUUGUACGCUUUGCUCAAAAAUGGUGGAGCCUUCGCACUCAAUGCCAAGUUUUUGUUACUGAUUAGUUUUUCCAUAAAAACCAUUUUGAACCAAUCAGUAAUUUUUAGGUUUUGUUUGUUUAAAGUGUAAGACUUCAAACUUUCACAUUAUAUUAAAAUUCAGCCCUAAAAUGGGAAGCUUUCUUAAAGCCUUAUUUUUCAAAAGCCCCUAUUCUUGCUCAGAUUAAGAGUUGCCAAAAUACCUUGCGAACUAAGUUGCGCUGUUGUGCUGAGAACACUAAGCACUAAACCGUUCAAGACCUGUGUCUUUCAGGAGAGCCGGCGUCCCGGUUUGCACCCGCAGACGCGCGCUCGUUUGCGGUAGGAGGCGGCCCGGCCUGGUUCCCGGGCUGCCGCCCCGCCGUCCUCUGACCCCGCGCCGCCCGCCAACACUGUACUGUCAGUCCUCACGCAGUGAGUGUAGUGACUCAACUCUUCGGGUCCCUCUCUUAGAUUUUGUAGUGAGACUUUUUUGGAAAGAGUUAGUGUAUUCGCUUUUGCUGAGAUUUUGAACAGAGCCCUUCCACCCACGUCCCUUGGGCCGAGUGUCCACUCCGGCCGGGGGUGCGCAGCACGUGGGACGAUCAAAGAACGAAGACAGUAUUUUGACAAAAUACGGAGGUUAAUUUACACUACAUUGUACAUGUCCUAAUUAAACUGAGUAAAAGUGUCACGGGUAAAAACAUUAAAGGUUAAUUUCUGUCCAGUGCAGUAAAAGAUGAAGAAAGGUCGGUAUUAUCACUAAGUGUUUUAAACUUUUCCUUUUUUCUUAGACCUACCAUCCCUCCUAAAAUUGGGCAUUUAAUUCAUCUUUGAACUGGUCGUUCCCAUAGUUGCUCACUUAGCGCUUUUCUUAGAGAACCCCUUCUUAUUGAGCAAUAUGCCUCCUUGUAUUAUAAAAUCUUUCUGAUAAUACAUUAGAAAUUUUUUUUUGUAGAUUAGUAAAAGUGAAUUCCUGUUUCCUUGUUACUUUAUUCAGAGCUAAUAAGCGCUUUCCUUAGUUUUCUAGUAACUAGGUGUAAAAAUCAUGUGUUGCCGCUUUAUAGUUUUUGAAAUAUUUUAGAUAUUCCUAAACUAUGAACUUUCUUAACAUCACUGUCUUGCCAGAUCACCAGUACUGUACCCUGACUAACGCUGGCCCUCCCUUCUGCCUCACCCCCCUGGACACACACCUCUCGCUCUGCCUGACCACGUCCCCUCGGGUCUGUGGGGUUCCGUGAGCCCGUGCUCGUGCUAAUCAAGUUCUGUACAGCUUACCCGCUGGCAAGAAUACAAGGUUGGACCUCUCAACCACUAGAACAACAUUUUUUAAAUUGACAGUUGCAGAAUCGUGGAGUGUUUUUACAUUGAUCUUUUGCUAAUGCAAUUAGCGGUAUGUUUUGCAUGUAUGACUUAAUAAAUCCUUGAAUCAUA